UUUAUCUGCUCUGGACAUAAUAAUUCCAAGAAUCUGACCUUUUGAACCGUUGCCAUCUCCAUAUCGAGAUUAAUUACCACCUAUCAAUUGAAUGUGUAAAAAUAGGAAUAGUCAUUAGUUGAUCUUUCUCUGUGCGAAGUGGCCACCGAAAAUGAAUUCAAUUUUCGUUCAUUUCAUCUUAGCAUUGUUGUCGUUAUCGUAUGGAUCGGCUGAUGGACAAAAAACUGAUUUCGUCGUCAAAGACUACACGGGACCCAUUACAUUAGAAGUGGUGGAAUCACUGAAAAAUGCUGAAAUCCUACAAAUCAUCAAUAGUACCAUUACCCAAUAUCCAACGAAGAUAUUUUCGAGAUUACCGAAAAUCAAGAAGGUCGUCGUUUUGAGAAGCACUUUCACCAUAAUGGAUCCUACUAUAUAUGAGGAUUCCAAUCAACUAGAAAGCAUCCUGUUCGAGAAGAACAACGUUCCAGAAUUACCCUUAUCGCUCCUCCGCAAAACAACAUUCCACAAAAUCAUCAUAUCCGACCAAAGUCAAGUCGGAGUCAUACCGGAGAAUUUCGCUAACGAAACCAAAAACUUGAGAAUCUUCGAAUGUUCCAACUGCAAUAUUGAAAGAAUCGAAGAUGGGGCAUUCAACAAUUUGAAUCUUUUGGAAACUCUGAAUCUCCAACAGAAUUCUAUCAAACAGUUAUCGUCCAAAAUUCUUUCGCCACUUGUAAACUUGAAGGAGCUGAAUUUGGCCGGAAACCUGAUCGAAAAGUUCACAACUGAUCAAAUCGAAACGAAUUCCAACCUGGAAAGCAUCGAUCUCAAGAAGAAUCCUCUUAGAGAAGUCAAUUUAGUGGAUGUGCUCAAAGCAUGCCCUAAGCUGAGGAAAAUUGACAUCCGAGGAACAAACAUGUCUAAAGCUCAUUUGAAGGAACUGCUCAGUAAACUUAGUAAUGUUGAAGUAUUGACUGAUUGAAUGUAAAUUUUUUUUCGAUUUGAAUGAAAGAGUUUUUUGAUA